CAGGAAGUGACGUAGAUAACCCGGAAGAAGCGUUAGAGGGCGGCACGUUUUAAAUAUUCUUACGGUUUGACUGUUGACAUUUUUUUUUUGCAACAUACCCACAAAGGUGUAUUGGUAGCUGCCUGCAGUAUUGUAUUUAUUGUGGAAUAAGAACAUGGCAACGAAAAUCCCAAGAGAAACAAAGAGAACCGGUCAUAAACUUGAAUCCAAAGACACUGUAGCUGCGACCCAAGCAGCAAAUGCAGGACCUAAAUCAGAUGGUGUCCUUAAACCCACAAAAGAAAACAUAACAAGAAAAAUCGUUGCACCUAAAGUUCACAAAGGGGUCUCCACCAGGUAUGGGCAACAGGCUGAGCUCAGGGAGCAAAAUCAGCAUUUGAUGGUUGUGAAUGAGGAGCUGCAGAAAAACCUCUCAGAGACACAGCAACGAGUAGCUGAGUUGGAGCUGCAGUUCAGUGACCUUGAAAAGGAGAAUGCAGAUGUUCAGAGAAACCUUAAGGACUGUCAUGUUCUUCUAGUUUCUGCCAAAAUAGAUCCAGUUUUAGGAGAAAGAGUUGGUGACGCAGCGCGGCAAAAUGAAGAACAGAGGAAAGAAGUUAUGAGCGUUUCCACAGACCUGCUGAAUGAAUUAAAGGCCUUUGGUGAUGUUGCAUCGCAACAACGCGCUCGGCUUGAGGACAUCCAAAUGACCAUGACGGACCUCAUUAAAGCACGAGAGCACGUGGCACAGGAAAGGGAGACGUUUUCCCUGCAGGCGGCUGAAAUGGAAAAAGCUCUGGAGGAAGCGGAAGCUCUCUUACACUAACUGUACAGGCAUUCCCCCGGUUUAAAAUGAGCUUUUUUAUUUGACUGUAUUCAUGCAUAAGCGGUGUUUUAAUGUUAGUGCUACUAAAAAUGAGUGAAGGAUUCUCACCUUUUUAAUGGUUUGAACAGCACCUGUAAUAUUUUGUGCAUCCCCUCAUUUGAGUAGAAACUUUGUACAGUAUAUUUCCAACGAAAUUGAAGCAGGUUUCAAAACAACAAAAAUAAAUAAAGCAUUUUAAAUAUCUUG